AUGGCCUGGCGCUGCUCUGGGCGCACCAAUGCCGAGCUCAUCUCAAACCUCUACAAAGCUCAACUGAUCACGGCUGAACGCGUCCGCGCUUCGAUGACAAGCGUAGACCGUGCUCACUAUGCACCUGCUGCAGCAUACGAAGACUCUCCACAACCCAUCGGGUAUUCCGCCACAAUAUCAGCACCACAUAUGCAUGCUAGCGCGUGCGAGAGUUUACUCCCGUUCAUGCCAGAGAACAAGAGCGCAAAGGUACUAGAUAUCGGCUCUGGUAGUGGUUAUCUGACGCAUGUCAUGGCGAACCUGGUUUGUGGCAGUGAAGGCAAGGGAGAAGGGAAGGUAGUGGGCAUCGAUCACAUACCACAACUUACUGAACUUGCGCUAUCGAACAUGCGAAAAUCCGAAGAGGGUCGAAGGUUACUGGACAAUGGGAGAGUGGAAUUCGUGACAGGUGAUGGGAGGAAAGGCUAUGCGGAAGGUGGACCGUACGAUGCAAUUCACGUCGGUGCAGCAGCCGCUGAGAUCCACGAUAAACUCAUCGACCAAUUAAGAGCGCCAGGCAGGAUGUUCAUCCCUGUCGAAGACGAGGACGGAAGAGGAUCGAUGUUUGGCAGCCAAUAUAUCUGGGUCGUAGAUAAAGAUGCAGAUGGGAAAGUGACAAGGAAAAGAGAUAUGGGAGUGCGAUAUGUGUUGCUCACUGAUGCGCCGAAGUGA